AGCUCCGCCUCUCGCCUGACUCUGCCGCGCACGGAGCUCCCAUCGAGUGUCACGGUGCCACCGGGAGAGGCGACGGACAGCUGCGCGUCAGGGAGCCACGAUCCGCCCGGUUCGAGCCACAUCCCGCCGCGGGCGAUGCCAUCGGCGCACUGAAGUGGGGACAACCGAGAAAACGCCAACAUGACGGUGGACUUUGAAGAAUGUAUCAAAGACUCCCCCCGAUUCAGGGCCGGCGUUGAUGACGUGGAGACGGACGUGGUGGAGAUCGAGGCCAAGCUGGACAAGCUGGUGAAGCUGUGCAGCGGGAUGAUCGAGGCCGGCCGGGCCUACGUCAGCGCCAACAAGCUCUUUGUGAACGGGAUCAAGGAUCUGUCCACGCAGUGCAAGAAGGAAGAGAUGGUCUCGGAAUGUCUUGAAAAGUGUGGAGAAAGCCUCCAGGAGAUCGUCAACUACCACAUGAUAUUGUUCGACCAGGCUCAAAGGUCCAUCAAGCAGCAGCUUCACACCUUCAUUAAAGAGGAUGUGCGUAAGUUCAAGGACACCAAGAAGCAGUUUGACCGAGUGCGUGAGGACAUGGAGCUCGCCCAGGUGAAGAACGCCCAGGCACCCAGGAACAAGGUGCACGAGGCGGAGGAGGCCACGCAGGCCCUGGUCCUCAGCCGCAAAGCCUUCAGGCACCUGGCUCUGGACUACGUUCUGCAGAUUAAUGUGCUUCAGGCCAAGAAGAAGUUUGAGAUCCUGGAUGCAAUGCUGUCCUUCAUGCGCGCCCAGUGCACUCUGUUCCAACAAGGCUUUCACAUCUUGGAUGAGAUCGACCCGUACAUGAAGAGACUGGCUGCACAGCUGGACCAGCUGGUCAUCGACUCGGCCGUAGAGAAGAGAGAGCUGGAGCACCAGCACGCCGUCAUCCAGCAGAGAACUCUGAUGCAGGACUUUUCUUAUGAUGACCACAAGUUGGAAUUCAAUGUGGAUGCCCCCAAUGGUGUGGUCAUGGAGGGCUACCUCUUCAAGAGGGCCAGCAACGCCUUCAAGACCUGGAACAGGCGGUGGUUUUCUAUACAGAACAGCCAGCUGGUCUACCAAAAGAAACUCAAGGACUCUCUGACCGUGGUGGUGGAGGACCUGAGGCUGUGCUCCGUCAAACCGUGUGAAGACAAUGAGAGGAGGUUCUGUUUUGAGGUGGUUUCCCCCACCAAGAGCUGUAUGCUGCAGGCGGAGUCAGAGAAGCUGCGGCAGGCCUGGAUCCAGGCGGUCCAGGCGAGCAUCGCCUCUGCUUACAAAGACAUCGCCGACAAUUAUUACAUUGAGCGUUUGGACCGGACGGCCUCGCCCUCCACCAGCAGCAUUGACUCGGCCAGCGAGCCCAGAGAGAGGGCGGAUAGGGGGGUCCGGGGAGGCCUGGAGAGCCUCCUCCAGAGGGUCCAGAGCCUGCCGGGCAACGAGCUGUGCUGUGACUGUGGACAGGCGGCUCCGUGCUGGGCCUCCAUCAACCUGGGAGUCCUGCUGUGCAUCGAGUGCUCGGGGAUUCACAGGAGUUUAGGAGUCCAUUGCUCUAAAGUGCGUUCACUGACGUUAGACUCGUGGGAGCCAGAGUUACUGAAGCUGAUGUGUGAAUUGGGGAACACUGUGAUCAACCAUAUCUAUGAGGGAUCCUGUGAGGAGCGCGGAGUGAAGAAACCAGGACCGUCCAGUUCAAGACAGGAGAAGGAGGCUUGGAUCAAGUCAAAGUAUGUGGAGAAGCGCUUCCUGAAGAAGAUGAGUGGGAGCGAGGCUUUGGUAGAGGGGGAAAGGAAGUCCCGGCCCUGGACGGUGAAGAAGUGCCGGCGACACAACAGCUCCGUUCGGGCUCCCAACAAGGCCCGAAGGAAAUACCACCGCUACGAGCCGGGAAGCGCUUCACCUGCAAACCGCUCAGCAGCUGCUGCAGCAAAGUUUCGCCGGGACUCGCUGUUCUGUCCAGAUGAGCUGGACUCACUAUUUUCCUACUUUGACACGGGCUCUGGUCCUCGCAGCCCUGCAGGUCUCAGCAGCGACAGCGGCCUGGGAGGAAGCACCGACGGCAGCACCGACAUCCUGGUCUUCGGCUCGGUGGUGGGCAGCGUCACAGAAGAAGAGGAGGAGUCAGAGGAGUCCUCCAGUGGUGAGGUGGAGAUCGAGCAGGAGGUGUCUUCAGACCCAGAAGACCCACGGGAGCUCCACCCCGGGGCGCUCCUCCACCGGUCAUCCCGCCUCCACAACCUGCCACUCAUGGCUGAGGCGCUGGCGCACGGUGCCGACGUGCACGCUGCGAGCGAGGAGGGCAAGACGCCACUCAUCCAAGCCGUGGUCGGGGGUUCUCUCAUCGCUUGUGAGUUCCUGCUGCAGAACGGAGCCGAUGUGAACCAGAGGGACAUGAGGGGCCGGGGCCCUCUGCACCACGCCACCGACCUGGGCCACACGGGUCAAGUGUGUCUGUUCCUGAAGAGGGGGGCGUCCCAGACGGAGGUGGAUGAGCGGGGUCACGACCCCCUGAGCAUCGCCGUCCAGGCUGCCAACGCAGACAUCGUCACCCUACUGCGUCUUGCGCGGAUGAACGAGGAGAUGCGAGAGGCGGAGCCUCCGCUGGGUCAACCAGGGGCCCCGAGCAGCAGGAGAGUUAAACCACAGGAAGCUCGGGAUCGAGUGACACCUCCUGUGUUGAUGUCUUUCGCGAGUUUUCUCUCCUCGCGUCUCUCAAGCCCGAGAAGCUGAGGAGAAGGAGCGUCCAGUUCAGCCCCCAGUCACCACUGAGCAGCACUUCUUCUGACCGCUCUCCACCAUGAGAGGCUGCAGGACGAGUUACAGCUAUUCUAUGGCGGCUUGUCAUUGUUCUUCUAAAUAUGUGAAGUCAAGAUCAUAUAACGUGGUCUUGUCCAGAUGUUAUGAUGUAUUGUGUAAACAGUUCAGUUGCCCUGACACCACCAUGUUGGAAGAUCUCUGCACAAAGACUCCUUGAUGGUUUUAAAGGGCAAUGCACGUCAACUAUGUAGUGUUGCACUUCCAUAAAGUUGGGGGACUUUUUGAAGUCUUUUAGUCUUAAACACUGGAUUAUAUUUUCCAUAAUGUAACACGAUAUUGGUAAAUGCCCAAAUCUUUCAAACUUUACAAUAAAUUGUAUAAUCUCUGGGCUCAAGACAAAAAACCCGAUGACAUGGCCUAUGUUUGUUUUUUAGACACAGAAACACAGCUGAACAUAGAACCUGUACUCUCUCUGACGAGGGAAGAGCCCUUUAACGUUUUCUAUCAUUUGAGUUUGUAAACUGAGAAAUGUUUUGAAACUGGUGACAGAAAUAAAAUAAAUAGCCGACAGUAAACGGCCUAAAACAUGAA